AUGUACCUGCGUUCCCCUACAUUGCUUCAAUUCCCUGAACCCAAAGGGGAUAUGACUGACGCUAGACAUCCAGUUUGGUGGUCAGAAAACGGGCGAGCCAUACCCACUAACGCAUUCCUCGGGUGCUUCCGCCCGAAAGCGACAGAAGAUACAUUCUACUGGGACUCGACAAUUGUCCAUUUUGUAAGGAUUGUGCUGAUUAAUAAAGCUCGGAAGGUCCUUGGGGCGAUUACAAGCUUCUGGAACAGAUUGCCCACGGAUUGGUUUUCCGUAGCAUUGAUGUUGAAUAUGUAA